AUGCGUUUGUCUUGGAUUCUCAAAUCCGUUUUACGGUCUUCCAUUUUUGUAUUUCUGUGUUUGAACUGUGUACGGUAUUUGAUAAACCUGGCGAAUGGCAACGAAUGCUCUGAACGACACGUGAGAGGUAACGAUGAUGUGGACCCGAUCAGCAAAUGUCAGCAUUUCUUCAAUAAGUGGAUAAAGGACUCGCAACGCUCAUCCAGGGUGAAUCCAACGGAAGGUACUGCUAACCCAACUAAAAUGUGUUACUGUACUCGGGGCUCGUACGGGCCACUGGAUUAUGUAUCGUCAGGGAGACGGAAAGAGAUUGUUCAGAAAACGAACCAGAUCCGGAAAUUGUCAAAAGAGCCAGAAGUUCACUGCGACGCAAUGUCUCCGCUUGGCUACAUGGCAAGUGGGUUGUCUGUCGAGCCGCUGGGUAUGGUGACCAUACGGGGACUUUCGAUUCAUCCAUCAAUGUCUUACGCCUUGUCUAACACCUAUUAUACAAUCUCGUUCAGAGUGAAACGAUCUUUAGGAACACUUCAACUGCACAUUCCCGAACAGUUUGACAACAUGAUUGAAGUAGAUGGAGAAGACACGGGAUUGCUAAGGUUAAACUCAUCUCUUUCUGUAGGGAGCAUGAACCAGUUGCUUAGCAACCUCUCGUAUCAUAGCAACGUGUUUACCGUUGAUGAUCGAGAUGUCAUAGAAGUGACAUUCCUUCACGUGACUGUUCACAUUAAUUUGCUUAUUAGAAGAGAUCCAUUUCCAAAAUUAUACGAAUGGGAGAGUGACGUCAGUGAGAAUUUAAAUAAAAAGAUAACAGUUGUGACCAAAACAUUUCUGCGAUAUGACUCUGUUAAUCAGCUGGUUGCUAGUGUCAACAAAUACUACCCCAAUAUGACAAUAAUAGUUGCGGAUGACAACGAAUCACCGCGGCCCAUAAAAGGCAGGAACGUGAAACACAUUAAAAUGCCUUACAAGGAAGGAUGGUUUGCUGGGAGGAACAUUGGACUCAGUCUCGUAGCGACGGAGUAUUUUUUCUACGUCGAUGAUGACAUGGUGUUUACUGAAAAUACGAAACUCGAUAAACUGCUCACUAGAAUGCAAUCUCACCCGACGCUGGAUGUUCUUGGCGGGCGUACUGAAAGUAGGGACGGCAACCUCGAUGACUCCGUGUUCGCACCGGCUAUUUAUCUAAGGAACAACAGCAACAGUGGGUUUUGCUUAUACAGGCGCCAUCCACGUCACUAUCAUAGCCCAUCCGGCAUGCCGCAGUGUUAUUUCGCCGACGAGAUCGGGAAUAUAUUCAUGGCGAAAACGGCACGCGUUCGCGAAGUUGGGUUCGAUCCUAUCAUAGACCGCAUCGGUCACAUGGAGUUCUACUACGAUGCACUGGGCAGGUUGCGCAUUGCCGUGUGCGAUGACGUCACACUCUACCACGAUAGAAUAAGGACUAGGGAGUAUGUUCAGCAUAGAUACACGGACGGCAUUGGUUCCAAGGAAGGCUACCACCAUAGAAUGCUAUAUUCCGUCUUCAAGAACAACAUGAAAUGUCUCGGAGGAGUGAAAUAUAUACCACAUAAGAAGACCGCGUAA